AUGGUAGUCCGGACGCCUAAGGUGGCUAUAAACCAGCCUGGCGUUAUUGCAGCUCCACUACUUGUCGAUCGCGACCCGACAUCCAAUCCUGGAGGGCCCACUAUUGGCUCAGGCACUCAGUAUUUCGUGGGAUCGUUUGAUGGAACCACGUUCACAGUGGAUGCGAAUAAUGUGUCUGCGGCCGUCGACGUACCGCCCGAUAGUUCCACUAUUGAUGGCGACUUUGUUGGAAUCACACCUGUGACGGGCGAGGACGCUGAUAGCAAUGUAUUGGACACGUACUUCAGUGGAGAUACCAAUACUGGGACAGUAACAUCCGAAUCCUUCGUCAUCAAUGAAGCUUUUAUCAAUUUUCGAAUCGCUGGUGGGUAUCACCCAUACAAUCCCUCCACCUACGGCACCGCAAACGAUACAGAGACCUCUCUCAAUCUGAAGGUGGAGGGUGAGGUCGUCCGCAGUGCUACCGGUCAAAAUUCUGCAGCUUUGUUGUGGCAAGGUUGGGACGUGAGAAAUUUCAUCAACCGAACUGCAGUGCUCGGGAUCGCAGAUUUCAAUACAGGCACGGAAGGCUGGGGCCACAUCAUCGUGGGGGAGAUUGUCUUGUCCGAGUCACUUGCUCAAGACCGGAAGGCAAACUGGAUAGACCUCGGUCCAGACUUCUACGCUGCCGCGACUUACAACGGACUCCCCGAGUAUGAGCGGGUUGCUGUUGGUUGGGCUAACAAUUGGGUCUACGGAGCUGAUAUUCCAACGAACCCUUGGCGAAGCUCCAUGUCCGUGAUGCGCAAGUAUUUCCUCGCCACUAUUGACUCCAAAGUCACACUUGUGCAGGAACCUUAUAGCCUAGCACCCAUAGAAAAGUCGCCGGUCAUGUCUGCGGGCAGUUACACUGCUCAGGGAGAUUCUAUUCGACGUCUCGUUCGGUCAAACGAGGACGGUUCGAAGGCAACCGUGAUUGGUUACGAUGCCGCAACGCAGCAGCUCUUUGUUGAUCGAACAAAUUUGGGAGAUGUCAGCUUUAACACUGUUUUUCCAGGUAUCUAUUAUGCAGCGUUGACGCCGGAUACACGGGGUAAAGUGACACUCCGUGUGCUGGUUGAUUGGUCUUUAGUGGAGGUAUUUGGAGGCCAGGGUGAAAGCGUAAUUACCGCGCAGAUCUUUCCCAAGUGA